AUGGUUGACCUAUUUUGUUUCUUUCGUCGAAAAGGUCCAUUAUCAAAAGAGAAGUCAAUAGAAAAGACAGCGAUAAAGUUAUCAGACAAGACGUCAAGGAACGUAAAUAAUGUAAAAAGUGCAAGUGUAAAGACCAAACCCGCUAGAACCCACCCCCAUGUUUCACCAAAGGUCCUUCAAUUAGUCUUUUCAUAUUUAGACAAGGAAGGAUCUAAAGGGUUAUUCUCUUGUCUUUUUGUAAAUAAAAAUUGGCAUGCAAAUGCUCUUAAAAUAUUAUGGAAUCGUCCGUUCACCUCAAAUCCCUUAUCCCCCGCCAAUUCCGUUAAACUUAUCGAAACUUUUAUAACGUGCUUCGAUACAAUCACUCAAAAAUCAUUAAAGACAUCAUUGAAACGACAAAAAAUCAAAUUUAUUAUAUCAAACAAACCUCCUUUAUGUAAUUAUGCAACUUUAUUAGGGGAAUUAUGUUAUAGAGAAUUAGAAAAAUCAAUUCACCAUUAUUUAUGUCAUUUACAUAUGAAUAGCAUCAACCAUAGAUCUUCCAUCAUGAGGAGAUCAUCUAAGGGAUCACCUUCUCUUCAAUCACUUUACCCCCAAAUUCACUUGAUAGCCAACAAUUUAUUUUUACUAUUCAUCCAAAAAAGUACGGUACUUGAAUCUUUAAUAAUUGAUAAAUAUUGUGAUUAUUCUAAAUUACCCAACCCGGACGAAAUAUUUCAACAACAAUUACAACAGAAUUAUCUGUCUCAGAUCACAAAACUUGGAUUGAAUUAUUAUGAGACGAGUAACAUAUUUGAUUUUUUGAAAGAAUUGCCGGAAUCAUGUAAGGAUCUAUUGGAAUUCAAUGUACGAAUAUGCGAAUAUGAGAAUGAAGCAUUGGUUAAUGAAUCAAUAGCCAAAGUGAUCAACUCCCAACGAGCUUUGCGAAAUUUUAGCAUGAAAGGGGCUAGGAAUGGUGGAAAUUUGAUUUUAUCCUCAUUAGGUGAUACACAAUCGGAUACCUUAACAUCAGUCAGAUUGAAUUUGAUGAACUUUACAUCGUCGGGCAUGAAAUCAUUGGUCAAAUGUGGUCGAUUAAAAGAACUUUCGUUGGAAAAUUGUCAGGGACUUUCCAAGGAAAUUACUAAAAUUUUAUUGGAUGCCAAAUCACAAAAUUUAAGAAAAUUAGUUAUCUGGAAUUCUCGUAAGGAAUCACAUGUAACCUCUUUAAUGAUUAAAUCGGCCGUCUCCGCAAAGAAGGUAUCAAAAGGGAAAGAUGACGAAUUAAGAGAACUAGCGUUAGAUAUCGUGGUUCCUGAAACGGUUGAUACGGUAUUAAAUUAUUGUUCGAAUCUUACAACUUUAAAAAUACUUGAUUAUCAACCAAAAUGCAAAUCGCAUAUGUAUAGAUUAUUAAAAGGUUUACCGUCCCUUGAAAACCUGAUAAUUAAUAGAGAAACGAAAAUAGAAUUGGGUGUCAUCAACUUUUCAGGGAGAUACAUACCAGAUAACGUUAAAUACCUAAGAUUAGAAUGUGGGAUUACGCCAGAUCAAUUAAAAAACUUAUUAAACGAGUUGGGAGAUAAGAGCAAAUUAAGAACUUUGAUUUUAGAUUAUAUUAAACUAGAAGUGGCUCAUCUGAAUAUCAUUGUUGAAUGGACCAAGAGGAGAAGAACUUUAAAAACUUUAGGGAUUGGUGGAAAAUCCGAGCCUAGUGAGCGUGAAUCAAAAGUAUUGAGUCAUUUACAGGAGGAAUAUAAUGUUUUUAUUAUCCCAUUGCAUAAAUUAAUUUAUUACUAA